AUGAAGCCAGCGCUGGUCAACCGGAGCAGAGCCGGCUCGCCCCUGGUAGACAGGCCAGGCACGAGCAUGUGCACGGAGCGUUCUCCAAUGCCGGCCUCAGCCUUUGUCGUCGACCGGCCCAGGUGCGAAAGCCUCAACACGGACCUGGACAUCACGGAUACGGCUGAGGCUGGGGGCGACGACAUGGCCGGCUCUGAUAAGAGCGGCAGUGAAAUCUCGUACAUGACAGCGCCCUCAACGCCGCCGCCGCCUCCUCGACGUAGCUCGAAGAGGAGAUCGGCAGCGUAUGUUUACGAAGGAGCGAGGGAACAAAGCAAGAAUCAGGCUCGCGCAAACGGUAAAGAACAGGACCACCCCGGGCAUGCGGCCAAGGACACCUUGCCAGCAUCACCCACCGUCAUGCUCCUCCACCACCACUCGAAGCCUACAACAGCUGCUGACCGGCGAGACUCUCCCCAGUCCGCGUCAACUGCUAGGAAAAGAGGACCCAACGACCCUCCCAGCAUCCCGUACGACUCUCUACCUGCGGAGUCGCCGAUAAAAGCCCAUUCCAGGAGAUCCCUGGUGGGGGCUGCCAAGGCUGCCUUUCGACUAUCCAUGCCCGACCUCAGCACCAUCACAGCCCGUUCCCGGACCCCAAGCCGCGAUGCUAGGCGCUCAUGUUCACCUGCGCCAUCGCCGGAUAUCCCGAGCGUCCCCGGCGGCUCAGGUAAACCGGCCAAGCUCCUAGGCCUGAACAGCUGGGACCUGGCACCGCCCCCUCCGCUGCUCAUAUCACCCGCCCGAUCGUCCUCGGAGGAUACAUGCUCAGACGACCUCCGAUCCACAACGCUAUCCAGGCCGAGCAGCACACCCAACACCUCACGGCCCCAGUCUAUCAGAGGUUCUCCUGGACUUCUCGGGGCUGAGUAUAAAUGGCAGCAGCACCAUUCUGGAUACACGUCUGCACUUCCUUCCCCAGCCUUCUCGUGCGCAGACGGCAGCCUUCGUCUCAGCGCGCCGCCUCCGAUGGACCUCGACCCUAUCCAGGCCGCCGCCCUCAAGAUAAUGGCACAGUUCCCCGACGUGCCCUACAGCGUCCAUAGCAACCGGUCGGAGCCUAGCCUUCGUACGCACCGAAGCAAGUCGUCACUCGCCGCGGAGAACCUUCAACAACGGACUGCGCCCCUGCAGAAUCCAGGCUUGGAAGUCCCCAAGCCUCUACGUCUGCCGGUACGACCUACCUCUGCUGCCGCUUCCACACCCAGCGUCGGCGACAUGGUCAAGGCGAGCCGCGGCAAAGAUGAUGAUUACGACGACAGCCAAGAGACUCUCAGCAAGGUGUUUGUGGAGUGCUGCAGCUGCAAGCACUACCACGAUAUGCCCGACGAGCUGUACGAUGCCAUGAUCAAUUCUAGAGGUGGGGUCGUGUCUACAGAGUUUUCCGCAGCGGCCAGGUGCAAUUGGUGCAGACAUGUCAUGAAGACUCGGUGCUGUGCUAGACUGUCGACACUGGUUCAGGUCAAGGAGAGGGUUCACUGA